GGGGAGAGCAAGCGAAAGACACGAGAGAGCGAGAAUGAAAAAAACUGCGUAGCGAACAGUUAGAAAGAGACGGGAGAGGUUCCUUUUCUGGGUCGUACGUACGUUGCGGAGCUUUCCCUUACUUUUAUGCAAAAAAGACAACUCAAUUGAUCGUCCCGUCAAGGUUUGGGGUGCUCCUCUUCAUAAUAUCCUGCUAUUACAUGGUAGCAAAGACCUGAAGACGAGGGCGUGUAAGAUGGCAGUGUGGAUCCAGGCCCAGCAGCUCCAGGGGGAUGCGCUGCACCAGAUGCAGUCUCUCUAUGGACAGCACUUCCCCAUCGAGGUGCGCCAUUACCUGUCCCAGUGGCUCGAGGGCCAACUCUGGGAUGUGAUCGAUCUGGAGAACCCCCAGGAGGAGUUUAAGGCCAAGCGUCUGCUGGACAGCCUGAUCCAGGAGCUGCAGAACAAGGCUGAGCAUCAGGUGGGAGAGGACGGCUUCCUGCUCAAGAUCAAACUGGGACACUACGCCAGCCAGCUCAAGAGCACGUAUGACCGCUGCCCUCUGGAGCUGGUGAGAUGCAUCAAACACAUCCUGUACACGGAGCAGAGGCUAGUUCGAGAGGCCUCUAAUUCGAGCUCCCCAGUGGGCGGGAUGAUGGACAGCAUGUCCCAGAAGUACCAGCAGAUCAACCAGGCAUUCGAGGAGCUGCGCCUGCUGACCCAGGACACAGAGAACGACCUGAGAAAGCUCCAGCACAACCAGGAGUACUUCAUCAUCCAGUACCAGGAGAGCCUCCGCAUCCAGGCCCAGUUGACCAGCCUGGCCACACUGCCCCCUGCUGACAGACAGCUAAGGGAGCCCACAUUACUGAGCAAGAGAGCCACCGUGGAGGCCUGGCUCACACGGGAAGCCAACACACUACAGAAAUACAGACUGGACCUGGCAGAGAAGCACCAGAAGAGCCUGCAGCUGCUGAGGAAGCAGCAGACCAUCAUCCUGGAUGACGAGCUGAUCCACUGGAAGAGACGGCAACAGCUGGCCGGCAACGGGGGUCCUCCGGAGGGGGGGCUGGACAUCUUGCAGUCCUGGUGUGAGAAGUUAGCAGAGACCAUCUGGCAGAACAGGCAGCAGAUCAGGAGAGCAGAACACCUGAGACAACAGCUUCCCAUCCCCGGCCCCAUCGAGGAGCUACUGAACGACCUCAACAGCACCAUCACAGACAUCAUCUCAGCACUGGUCACCAGCACCUUUAUCAUAGAGAAGCAGCCUCCCCAGGUGCUGAAGACCCAGACCAAGUUUGCCGCCACAGUGCGCCUCCUAGUGGGCGGAAAGCUCAAUGUGCACAUGAACCCCCCGCAGGUCAAGGCCACCAUCAUCAGUGAACAGCAGGCGAAGGCCUUGCUUAAGAAUGAGAACACCAGGAACGACAGCAGUGGAGAGAUCCUUAACAACAACUGUGUGAUGGAGUACCACCAGGCCACAGGAACACUCAGCGCCAACUUCAGGAACAUGUCUUUGAAGAGGAUCAAGCGCUCGGACCGGCGAGGGGCGGAGUCUGUGACAGAGGAGAAGUUUACUAUUCUGUUUGAGUCUCAGUUCAGCGUCGGGGGUAAUGAGCUGGUCUUUCAGGUUAAGACGUUAUCACUUCCUGUGGUGGUGAUCGUCCACGGUAGCCAAGACAAUAACGCCACGGCAACAGUACUGUGGGACAACGCUUUUGCCGAACCCGGUCGGGUGCCCUUCAUAGUGCCUGACAAGGUACUGUGGCCCCAGCUGUGUGAGGCCCUCAACAUGAAGUACAAGGCGGAGGUGCAGAGUAACCGUGGCCUCUCAGAGGAGAACCUGGUCUUCCUGGCCCAGAAAGCCUUCAGUAGCUCCAGCAUCAACCCUGAUGACUACCGCGGCAUGACCAUGACCUGGUCCCAGUUCAACAGGGAGAGUCUGCCUGGCAGGAAUUUCACGUUCUGGCAGUGGUUUGAUGGGGUCAUGGAACUCACAAAAAAACAUCUCAAACCACACUGGAAUGAUGGGGCGAUCCUGGGAUUUGUGAACAAGCAGCAGGCCCAGGACAUGUUGAUGUCCAAACCCAACGGGACCUUCCUGCUCCGCUUCAGCGACUCUGAGAUCGGAGGGAUCACUAUCGCCUGGGUGGCUGAGAAUCCCAACAAACCAGGGGAGAGGAUGGUGUGGAACCUCAUGCCCUACACAACCAAAGACUUCUCCAUCCGCUCUCUGGCUGACCGCAUCAGUGACCUCAACCACCUCCUGUUCCUCUACCCAGACAGACCCAAGGAUGAGGUCUUCUCCAAAUACUACACGCCACCCCUGUCCAAAGCAGUGGAUGGAUAUGUGAAACCGCAGAUCAAACAAGUGGUACCAGAGUUCACCACGACCAAUCCUGACCCAGCAGCAAACCCCACCUACAUGGAUCACGGAGCCUCCCCUGUUGUCAGUCACCCUCCAAACUACGGCAUAUACCAGCCUAUGAGUGACUCCAUGUUAGAUGCGGACGGUGACUUUGACCUGGAUGACACCAUGGACGUGGCGCGACACGUUGAGGAGCUGCUGCGGCGACCUAUGGAGAACCAAUGGAGAGGCCAGCAGUCGUGACCCUCAAUCUCUGACCCCUGACACCAACAAAAGAACCCCGCACCUUUUGACAUUUCUGAUGGUUUAAUUCCAUUCAUUUCCUCUUGUUUUAUUUCAUAUAGCUAUAAUGUGAAAUGUUAAUAAUGGUUGUGAUUGUUUUUUUGUUUUUUCUUCGCAGCAUGCAAACUGCAUGUCAGUGACCUUUUUUCAGUUUGUCUCCGUGCGUAUCUGUAAAACAGACUAGGUAUAAAUGCAAAAAAACUACAAUGUUACAGUGUUGUAUAAAAAAAAAAAAAGUCAUUCAAUUCACAUAUGUAUUUUAAUUUCGUCACAGUUCUAACAAAGAUUUUUGAAGAGCACUCUCCACAACCGGUAUGAAGUCAUUUAAACAGUUGUACUGUUUUUAUUUUUGUUUAGUUCUUUUAUUAUUGUAAAUGGUUUAUCAACAGAGUUUUUUUUAAUUGAAUCCGCCCUCUGCCAAAAAAGAGAGAAACUUAAAUGAAGAAUUUGUUGUUGCUAUUGACAAUAUCAUCGGAGUUGUUGCUAAGGGUAGUUUCAGUCAGAAGUAUAAUAAUUCUGAACUUUACACACUAAACUCCAAGCAGAAUGGCUCUCAUUUCAUUCUCAGAGCACGCUGAGUAUCUAUGUCACGCACGCAGGCACGCACGCACGCACACACACACACACACACACACACACACACACACACACACACACACACACACACACACACACACACACACACACACACACACACACACACACACACACACACACACACACACACACACACACACACAACACACACACACACACAGUUGCAUAAUAUACAUCAGCUCCAGCUGAAACUUGGGGACUUUGUGCCCCCUCUACGCUCACAGGGAUAUUUUAAUUUCCUGUAUUUGCACACAGAUGUAAUGUAAAUACAAGCAUGUAUCCAGCAUGGCCACUCAGGUCUCUGGACAGCCCAUAGAGAUAGAUAGAGGACUCAUCAUUAACAUAACCUGUUUUAACAUGGCCAUUGCCAUUGAGGUCUUCCACCAUUUUAAAGUUGUCAACUGGGUGGGGAUUCCUAUGAGUUGGGAGCAAUCAGCCAAUGAAGAAGAAUAACAUUUACUACUUUAGUACCUCAAUGGUGCUGCCCAUGCUGUCACACAGACACUUUAAUGGCACAGAUACAAAGAUGAGUCCUCUAUCUAUCUCCCCUCCAUAGCCCUGUAGAUUAUGUAUGUGCCAUCAACGCUACCUCUCAUUACCACUCUGUCUGUCUCCCUGGUGUUUUAAACAACUCAUUUGGUCAUGUCUUGUUAUUGGUUGUGACGUCUAGUGUUGACAAUCUAUUUGGGGAGCUGUUGGGAUGUGUGUAGGGGAGCUGAGGUCACUGGGGUGUGUGUGGAGGUUGGGGUUUUGUUGAGAGAUCUGUAGGAAAGUCCAUUACUAGGACUGAUGGAUGAAGACUCUCUAUACUGGGUCCUUAUUGGCUUAGUAUUGUUCAUCUGCUGAAGUACACUAACUACUCAAUCCAUAGCCUGAGAUGACAAGUGGAGAUCUAAUUCAACUCAUUUUACCAUGGGGCAGAGAUACAUUUUUGCAGUUUUAAAGCAAGUUUUCUGCAGUUCUACACAUUUUUCCAUGGGGCGGAGAUAAAAAAUAAAAAAAACAUUUCAUGCAAUUCUUCUCAUUUUACCAUGGGGCAGAGAUACAUGUUUUGAAGUUUUAAAGCUAAUUCCCUGCAAUGCUACCAGUUUUGCCAAGGGGGUGGAGAUACAUUUUUGCAGAUUUAAAGCAAAUUCCCUGUAAUUCUGCACAUUUUGCCAUGACUUAUGUCAUGUUAAUGAUAUCUGAGUGAGUGUGACUAGCUAGACUAACUUGCCACUGUAAGCUGUUAGCCGACAUGGCUAAUUAAGUGACUGUCAGUGACUAAACAGGAGAAAAACUGCUGAUGCACAACCACAUUUUGAACCUUCACCUUCUAACAGUAAAUUUAGACCCCAACUGAGUUCCAAAAAAAUGACCCGGGCCCUAAGCGACCGCUUAUAUCGCUUAUGCCUGGAGCCAGCCCUGAUGGUACUCCUGUCUGUCUGUCUGUCUGUCUGUCUGUCUGUCUGUCUGUCUGUCUGUCUGUCUGUCUGUCUGUCUGUCUGUCUCUCUCUCUCUCUCUCUCUCUCUGUUUUUUUUUCUCUCUCUGUCUAUCUCUGUCCGUAAGCCUGUCUCCUGUUUGCUGUUAUUACUGAUCACUCUUACUAAAUCUGCAUGUGCAUGUCUGUCUCUGUGUGAUAUAACAUAAAACAUCAACUGACAACCUGAGGUACAGAUAUAUAGCUAUGUGUGCAGACAAUAUGACUCAGACUCAUCAGUCCUGAGCAUGAAGGCCAUUGCUACCAUAAAGUUUGGGAUAUUUUGGCACUGGCUCACUCCCUGUCUUUCAGCCAAGAUGUUGUAGUGGGUCUGUCUCCAUAUACUCCCAGCAGGAUUAGUCUGCCAUAGUACACCUUAGCUACCGCAGUUUAACAAAGCAUGUAACGAUAGAUCCAACUGUUGCCGUGGCUACUCUGUUCACCCCCCUCCCCCGCACACACACACACACACACACACACACACACACACACACACACACACACACUUCUGAACCAUUGGGCAAUAGCAUCACACAACCCCCACAGUCAUAUUACACACACACACACACAACCCAUCCCCUCUACUCAUAAGCUCUGCCCACUCAGGAAUGAAGCCCUAUGCUUGGUUGAUGUAUCAUAAAAUGAAAAAAAGACAAAUAGAGUCUCUGUCUAUUAGUGGAGGCUGGUGGGGGGAGCUAUAGGAGGACGGGCUCAUUGUAAUGGCUGGAAUGGAAUAAAUGCAACGGAGUCAAACGUGGUUUCCACAUGUUCGAUGUGUUUGAUACAGUUCCAUUAUACCAUUCCAGCCAUUACAAUGAGCCCGUCCUCCUAUAGCUCCCCCCCACCAGCCUCCUUUGCUAUCUAUAUACAGCAUAUAUGAAUUUAUUUUCUGUACCGUAAUUCUAUUUUAUUACAGUAUACUGUACGUCUGUGGCACGCCCCUCUGAAUGUAAUCCCCUUGCAUGACCUGAGGAGGUCGUACGUACAACAUGGCAGCCACUGCAACCUCAUAGGUUUCAUCAGAAGUAUCUGAAAAGAGCCAUAUUGCAAACAGGAAUCAGAAGAAUGUUGCAUUUGUGUUUGUCCUGCUGACAUUAUUUAGUCUUUUCCCAUCUUUGUUUCUUACAUUUUUCCGGGUCAAAACAGCUAGUUUUUCUUCUUUGUAUUUCUUGAUUUUACUGAUGUUUUUUUUUAAGAGUCAAAGCUACAUGGGAAUUCUUGUGAUGUUUCCUUUUUUUUUUAACAUUAUUCUGAUCAUUUCAAACUCUUUGCUUCACCUUAGUUAGUCUAUGUACUCGGGAAGCUGUAUAUGAAGCUGUGUUUUGUUCAGUGUUAGUUCCACGUUUGUGGUUUGGUUUCAGCACUUUGGAUGUGUUCCAAGAAAAACUGCAAUUGAAAAAAAAAGUUUUAUAAAUCAUUUCAACCGUAACAUGUAUAAUGAAAAAUAAGUUGUGACUGAAUAAAUGUAAUGGUUUAUUUGUUCA